UUAGACCUGAGCAAAAAAAAAAAAAAAAAAAAAAAAAACUUCAGCCAGCGCUACUGCGCGCCGAAGGCGUCAGGAGGACCAUGUUUUUGACUUUUGGACGUCAAAAACCGUCUGGGACGUUUAGGAUCGGGGACGUGUGGUAGUUAGAAGUUGGAGAAAAGUCUCGGGCGUGGAGUCAGUCUUCGAGUUUGAUUGAUCUAUUUAUUUCCCCCUGAACUUUCGAGGACGCAGUUGAUCGGAAGAGCAGGAUGGGAAUGAAUCCGAUUUGAAGUAAGGGAGAGAGUCGUCAUGUUCGAAAGGACUGAGGGCUGACGGGCUAAAAGAAGAAGAAGAAAAAAAAAAGGAAAAAAGAAAGGGAGGAACUACUUCUGCUGCUGGUGGUUCGUUAAUUUACUUUUCUUCCCUUCGAAGAGGACGACUGUCUCAUGUCCAAGGAGACUGUCUAUCCAUCAGAAGGGCCGGCGGGGCCAGGCGAGGGCCCACGGAAGGAGACGAGUCCCCUGCUGUCAGCGUCACACGAUGCUUGUGACCGUGAGUCAUCAGGAAGAGUCCUGUCUCCCAGGAAGCACCCCGCUGAUGGACAAAGUCACGUGACAGAGGAGAAGCCUAAUCACUGCAAGCCUGUGAGGACCCAGCCGCAGUCUGGGUCCGACCCGAAGCCGGUGCCUUCUGAGGAGGCAGAGGGAGCCGCUGCCAGGGACCAAAAUGGCUUUCACCACAGCGGCUCCGGCACGCCCACGCCGACCAACGCCAACGGAAUUCAUUCCGGUAGCCCCGAGGGCACGAGGACGUGCACCUGCGGCGCCGGCACGACGGGCGGGUCGGGCCCCGGGCACGCGACGACGACGACGACCACCACCGCCGCGCCGAAGACGGAGCAGCCCAGGAGGCAGCCGUCCACCCCCGUGUCUCACAGGAUGCAGAGGAAGCUGAAGUCCAGCUUGUCGGUCAACAGCGACAGCAGCAGACGGAGCAAAGGCAGCUCCACAGGCUCACAGAAACCCCCUUUACCGGAAGAUUGCUGCGUCCACUGCAUCCUCGCCUGCCUCUUCUGCGAGUUCCUGGCGCUCUGCAACAUGGUGGUGGCCCAGGCGUCGUGCGGCGCGUGCACAUCCGAGGCCUGCUGCUGCUGCUGCGCCGACGACAUGGGCGACGACUGCAACUGCCCCUGUGACAUGGACUGCGGCAUCAUGGACGCCUGCUGCGAGUCUUCGGAUUGCCUGGAAAUCUGCAUGGAGUGCUGCGGCAUCUGCUUCCCCACAUAAACUUUGGAGGGGGGGGGCGGCUUCGAUGGUGCGGAUGUGGGGUCCAUAUGGAUAGAAGUUAAAAACAGGUGCAUCUCAAUGAAUAAUCAUCAAAAAGCUCCUUUAUUUUGAUAAUUCCGUUUGAAAAGCGCAGCCGUUCUCAUGGCACGAACACUAUUCAUUUUAAGAUUAUUUAUGAUUACAGCUUACAUCCAACGCAAACACAAAAUUCAAUUGGAAAAUCUGAAACUUAAUUAUAACCAAUUAGAAAAAUAUUUUCCUGCAUAAUCAGGGGAAAGAUUUCUGACUUGACAGCUGCCGGCACACAGUCAAUGACGAAGUUUAUUAAUGGAAGGUUGGGUGGAAGGAAAAAACGUUAUAGAAAAGGUUGCACAAGAAUAAUCACCGUCUUAAGAGGAUUGUAUAUGCUCACAUUACUUGUUUUUCUUUUUCUUUUUACUUAUAGCAUCAAUGCAGCAUGCCGUGAAAGCAUGCCAUUGCUGAUGUAUGAAGUAAACGCAGGUUGCUCUUCCCCACAGGCUCUUUGCAGGGUUUAGGUUAGUAUGCUAGCCCAUUAAACACAGUGAUAACGUGGUCAUUUGACCCGGUAUCGGUUCUUUCUGCAGUGGGCAGGUGACGAUCGCUGCUGAAAAAGGAAAAUCGUUAACAAGUAAGGUUAUCAGGAGAGAAAACCAUGGUGAAACUGUUAAAUUGGCUCUGCCUCACAAUCCCUUUAAAACUGAGAGUAUCCCAUUUGACCCGUGGACCUUCUUUCAAACACACUUUUUCCUUCCACACAACUUUCAAUGAAUACAUAUAUAUAUAUAAAAUCUGCAUAAUGACUUUAAAGUUUGAGUUGAAUUACAUAAACUUUUUGAUGAUAUUCUAAUUUAUCAAGAUGUACAUCGAAUGGGACUGCUUCUGCUGAUUUCGUCAGAAAUAUGAAGGUAUGAAGGUGUCUGUGAGUGAAUGAGUUGGACACUGGGCUUCUCCAAAGUAAACAGCUCAGCACGGACUUGAAACAGAUUCACAUUUCUGAACAUGUUGUGCUUUGUAAGUAUUUUUUACUGUUACAGAAAAGUAUUAUCGCAGCUUGUCCUAAAACAUUUUAUUGUUACUUUAGGAUUGCUGUUUAGUUACGUCUUCCUAUGCCUCUGAUUGGUCUUUUUGAUGAUGUUCGUUUAUUUUGCAGAUAUUUUCUGUUUUGUUUAUGCUAAAACCAAAACUGAGAUUGCAAUUUUAUUCCAGUCAACACUGUAAACUAAAAGGGUUUGUGACGGUGAAUACAUUCCUAAUUUCAUACUGUUGCUUUGCAGAUUUCAUGAAAAACAUUAUCUACUGUUGCACUGUAGAGCAGUUGAAACUGGUGAAAACAAUGUAAAAUAUUUCAGGACUUGAUUCUUUCUGCUGCCUUCUGACACAAAACCUAAGGGUGUUAUCUGGAAUAAUUGCAUUUAUGUUUCUGUCUUGAGCGUUACGAGCAAAACGGUAGAGGAUAGAGCUGCACAAAAAAAUAUUAAUAUGCUUUGCAAGAAAUGUAGAAAGUGCUGGAAUAUGUUUUGUAUUUCUCUGAAGAAUCUCAUCUCCUGGUUUGCAAACAUUGAAAAACUUUGUUUUACUGGAAAAAAAGCACCUUUUGUUCUCAUUAAAAGGUCUGACCAACAGAAUAUUAAUCUGUAUUAUAAUGCAUGUGUUCAACCUCUAGUUUCCUAUGUAAUGGGAUUUUUAUUUUUACAUGAAUGCUGCACAAAUAUGAAAAAUAGCAACUGAAACAAAUGAUGGCCAGAGUUGGCAUUCAGCGACUUCUGGGUCUCCAGUCACUUUACUCGUCAUAGUAGAAAGGAAUCAAGUGUCACAAUAAAAUAAUAAACUACUGCAGGGUAAAGGCAGCGUUUCUUUAUUUUCCUCUGUUCCUAAAUUCUGUGCAUCUUGUGAUGAGGUGACAGUGAGUCACCGGCAGAGUCAUUUCCUGUGCCGCAGAUCCGCUUUGUAGUUGUGGAAGAGAUGACGCUUAAUGCCGGCCCUCAUUAGCACUGCUUACUAAACGGUCACAAUAAAUGUCCCUUUUUUAUUUAUUUUUUUAACGGCAUCAAAGACGGCGCUGCUGUUGUGCGGAGCUCGUCUUAAUAGCUCAGCGUCAUGUGUGCGCCGGGGGUUGGAUGGGCACCUCUUCACUGGAUAAUCUUCAGGAAGUAAAACUUGUGCUCGUGUUUAUGGGGAGCUCAAACGUCAAAUGCGUUCUGGGCUAAAGAGUGUUAGGAAAACGCUGCUUAGAAAAUGUGAAGAAUUCAUUCGAGAGAAAAAACAACAAAAAAAACAUGGUAAAUGGCUUUCUUACACACCUGUGUGUGAAUAUGAAAUUGUUUCCCUUCAGGUCUUGCUUUGAUAUAGUGGCAGAAGAACAUGGCAGCUUAAGUCAGCAGUCACCUUACACAAACAGUAGCUAAGUACUUCAUAUGUGUUUCCAUAUUUGGAGCAGAUUUUUUUCUAGAAACCGUCCAUAGCCGUGGCAGGAAUUGAGAAAAGUGGAAACUUUGGUUACGUUGUCCUUUAUAAGUUGGCUAAUGGAUGUGGUUCUGCUGAGCUCCUCAUGCAUCUGGACUCGCUGCCAUUGGGAGAGAUUUCAAUACCGCAUAAAAUGGACGAGCCAAUCAGGAUCGCCGGGCGGGAUUUUCGUAGAUGUGACGUAUCAGAGAAGCGACUGUUUGAAUUCAGACAACAAUAGAGGCUCGCAACGAGGAAGCAACGUUAGCAUUGUUGCUGCUAUUUCAGCAGUGUUGUCCAAUCUACUGAGUGUUAAUUCUUCAAAAGAACACCAGAGAACGGCUAUGAAGGCUUUUGUUAGUGGAACGAUGUUUUCGCCCUUGGUCAUCCCUAACGCCAGCGUCACAUGUUGGUUUUGAUGUGAGUGGCUGAAGUGACACGUCAGUAAAGAUGACAGAUGAUCAGAAUCAGAAAUACUUUAAUAAUCCCAGAGGGAAAUUGUUGUUUCAGUACAUGGAUAAACAAGUGGUUUAUCCAAUCAUAUGCAAGGAUUUUUCAUAAGGCCCCUCCUUCUGAAAUACAUCUUGAAUAGAGCGAUACCAGAUUGACACGUGGAGCCCUGCGGAACGAAAUCCAUCUGGCAAGAGUCAGGUUAUGGCCAACCGUGCUAAAAAAAAAAAAUAUAAUGCAUGUGUUAUGCAUUACCACUCAAGCCAUAACACUUCCACUCCCGUGCUUCACAGCUGAUGGUACAGUAUGUUUUCUAGUGUAAAACUAGUGUGUUGGUAACAAACAAUCAGUUGUGUCAAACAUCCAACUUAGAAUCCUAAUUCUAAAGCGUGUUAGAUCUCAUUGUUUCAAGUUAUUAUUCUGCAAACUUGUUUUGCCAAACUUUUCUUUAUUUGCCAUUAUAAGCUACAUUCUGACAAAACUCAAACUAAAAACCCUUUUUUUUAUCUUUAAUGGCCAUUGACAUGCUUUUCUUUGCCCCCUCACAUCAUUGUCUCCCACGCUCAUGUUAUCUCUGGGAGAGUCCUAACCUAGGAGAUCAGCAUCAACAUAAGUACACGCCCAACAACAUUCUGUAAGGUCUGUAGGGAGCAAGGACCUCCUGCUGGCCGGGGACAGCAUCCUGACCUUUACCCAACAUUACCUCCUAUUAACCUCUCAAUUAACCUAGAGGCCAGACCCUCUGGUGGAGAAUAUGCUCUUUUUAUUUUCUCUUUAUUUUUGCCUCAUCACUUUGUGCCCAGAUUCACCCUGACCCCCGGAAAUUGCUGUCUUAUUUCCCUAAUGUGGUAGGCAAAAAAAAAAAUAAAAAAAAUAUUGCAGUCGUUAAAGCCUGUAAUCAUGAAGGAGUUUCACUUUUUUCUUCUGUUAUUUUUUUUUUCUCUUCUUUACUUUGUUUCUCCUCUAAAGUGCGAGUCGAAGGCUGAACAUUUCUAAAACUCCAGGUGGAGUGCGCAAUGACCUUUUCACAAAGUCUUCCACAUUUCUGCUCCUCUAAUCAAUCCCCCUCUGAUCGCUCCGCUGUGUGCCGGAUUGUAAUGUCACAAUUAGGGCCGCUCCAUUGUUUCUGUUUUCCGUCUGGCGAGAAAGCGGCGCUUCUCUGAUCUCAAGGUCAUUUCUUUUCACAGUUUUAAAUAAAUUAUUGGCCACCUCCUCUGUUCAUCCAUCCAUCCAACCAACACCCCCCCACCACCCACCCACCCAGCCCCACCCGCUCAAUUGGGAGGGAUACCUAUUUUAACAGAAAAUGGAAGGCUUCCAUCCUCAACCAUGAGAAUAAAUGCUGCUUUUCGCUGUUGAAUGUGAUAAAAAAAAA